CUGAGUAAAUACAUUCUAGUAUUGAGUUUCUUUUGAGGAACUGCUGUAGAUGAAAAUGGGAAUGAAGCGGCAGCUUCAGUGUUUCUUUCUUUUGGGAACAGCAUUGAUCACUUUCUUCAUAAUUUGCUGGGAUGCAGGAAGAGAUAUUACUUUUUACCUGCAAAUGGCUUCACAAACUGAUGCCGCACAUCUCAAAAUGCGUCAAGAACAUCGUAGACGUCUUAUAAGAGAGCAUUGCUCAGCCAAUAGUAGCCUGAAUUUUACAGAGAAAUUAAUCACAUUUGACCAGAUUCCAAACAAAGCUCUGGACCAUCUCAUUGUGGAUGAUCAUCAUGGUGUUAUUUACUGUUUUGUACCAAAGGUAGCAUGUACCAACUGGAAACGAAUCAUGAUUGUGCUCAGCCAGAACCUGAAGGCACCUGAUGGAGCUCCAUAUCUGGAUCCUCUUGACAUACCAUCAAAGUUAGUCCAUAAUUCUACAGUGCAUAAGACGUUUAACAAGCUUUGGAGACGUUUUGGACGUUACUCACGUCCUUUGAUGCAUCACAAACUGAAGAAUUACACGAAAUUCCUUUUUGUACGGGAUCCUUUUGUACGACUUAUUUCUGCUUUCCGAGACAAGUUUGUUAAGCCAGAUGAGUAUUUCUACAAAAUGUAUGGCUCAACAAUGCUUCAGCGUUAUGCAAACAUUUCGAAGCCCCCUGACUCUGUUCAAGAAGCCUUCGCCGCAGGUAUCAGAUUGUCCUUUACUCACUUUAUUAAGUACCUGUUAGAUCCACAGACUGAAAAGGAGAAGCCUUUCAAUGAGCACUGGCAGCAGAUGUACAGACUCUGCCAUCCGUGCCAAAUUGAGUAUGACUUUGUUGGGAAACUGGAAACACUUGAUGAGGAUACAGAACAUUUGUUGAAGAUUCUUGGGCUUGAUAAUUAUAUUCACUUUCCCCCAGGGUAUGAGAAUAGGACAGCAGUAGACUGGGAGCGAGACUGGUUCGCUAACAUUUCAGUAGCUGAGAGGAGAAAACUGUACCAUGUUUAUGAAACAGAUUUUAGAUUAUUUGAAUAUGACAAACCUGAGACCCUUCUGCAUGAGUGAUUAAAUACUACCUACUUACUGUGUAAUUCUGUGUAUGUCUGCACUAUCAUUUAUGUUUGCACUAUGUUUGUACUUUCUUCUGCACUGGAAGCUCCUGUCGCCAAGUCAAAUUUCUUGUGUGUGUAAACACACUUGGUAAUAAAGCUCCU